GGUGGUAAUGAAGAUCAAACACCUGGAGGCGAGCUUGAACUCGGGGCGCAAGUGGAGCUCUUUUGCCCAAUUUCCACAGAAACUUGGCAGACCCUUGACCCACUUAGCUAGAAGGUGGGGCUUGCUAAUGUUACCGUCUGGGGCAAGACUUGUCUCUGUCAGACUUGAGGCUGCACUGCCACUCGCUCUCCAUUCCUGGCACCCUACUAAAGACAGCUUGAUUUUACAGCUGUUUACAGGCUGAUGUAUAAUGAUGGCAGCCAAAAGCAAGCAGGUAAUGCAGAAUGGAUCCCCUAAGGAGCUCCAGGCAACGUGUGUGGCUGCUUCACAACAACCCUGUAAGAGUAAUAAUGCAUUGCAGAGGGUCUUGCACCUCCCAGUGGUCAAUUCAGCAUGCAGCAACCUCCAGAAGACAUAUUCUGUCACCAAACAAGCUCAUCCUCUGAUGGCAUCAGUGUGCGGGGCCUAUGAGCGAGGCCUCCAGAGUGCUAGUUCCCUAGCUGCAUGGAGCAUGAAGCCUGUGGUACAGAAGCUAGAACCUCAAUUCGCAGCAGCCAAUGCCCUUGCCUGUCGAGGUUUGGAUCACUUGGAGCAGAAGAUUCCUGCCCUCCACCAGCCAGUGGAGAAAGUUACAUCUGAUCUAAAGGACUCCAUUUUAACUCACUGCCAAAGUGCUGUGCGCUCUGUUAGGGACACCUUGGACAGAGUCUUGGGUCUGGUUGCCAAAAGCUAUGAGCAGCCCAAGAGUAGCAUGAGGAACACAGGAGAGUAUGCCGGGACCAGCAGAGUGAGCCAAUUGGCUGAAGCAGGAGUAGAUGCAGCCAUUGGCAAGCUGGAGAAGCUGGUAGACUUCUUCUUACCCAAAGUUAAUGAGCCUCCAGGGAGAUGUGAGUCACUGGAGAGAUGUCCCACCAGCACCUUUGGGAGGAUAAGAUCCUUAGCUGCUACUGCUUUCCAGCGUGCCUAUAAACAGACCACCCAAACCAUCCAGCAUACAAGAGACAAAGGGCAAGAACUGGUCACGUGGGCCCCAGGUCUGGUUGGUUUGGUUGGACAAAGCACAAGAAAGGUCCUGAGGAUCCUCUUUGGUGUCCAGAGCCCAGAAACCAGCUGGCUAAACAAGAAGGGUCAGAAGGUGCCAGAGAACAAGAGAGAAACAAAGAAAGAUGACAAAACAGGCAAGACACCAAAGCAAGCCAGGACACAGAGCCUGGUGGGCAGUCUGGCUCAGAACCUGCAAACGGCCUAUCUCUCCACCGCUUCGAGCGUGAAGAAUGCCCCCAUCGCUGCCUGGAAUGCCACUGGGCAACUUCUAGAGGUCUCUCCGCAUAGAGCCAUGUCUGAGGCGGGGGCAAAAGUGGGCCUGUUGAAGGAAAGCAUUCAGAGCAUCACAGGCAGCCUGCUGGGAACAGUCUUUCACUAUGCACCCCUUCCAAAGAUCUUGGUGAAGCAAGAGGAAACUGCAAGCAUGUCCAUGGCUAAUUCUGAGUCAACCCAAGGUCGGGAAAGUACCCAGCCUGUUUCCACACAUAUUGAGGAGGAGGAGGAGGAGGAGGAGGAGAGGGGGCUCUCAUAUAGGCUUCUAGGAAUUCGCCGGUCUAGCCGAGGUCACCAUCCCCUCUCUUUCCUCAAUCUUGAUGAGCCCCUCCCUUUGGAACAAGCCACCCACCAACGUCGUCGGAGCUCUGCCUUUGAAGCCGAGAAUACCGGAUCCCGCAAAUCUGCCUUCUCUCCUUACAAGGAGGGGGCCGGUGGCAGGAGAUUGAGUGAAGGGCUGUACCGUCCAGGCUCAGAAGUUGCAUACACCAGGUCUCACUACACAGGCCUCUAUGGCACCACCUUCAAGAAAGACUAAGCCAAUCACAGUCCAAAAAUCUCUGCUUAGUAUCUUGUUCAGUCUUGAGUCUACUGCUCUUGCUGGCUUUGCAAGCUUUGUUACCUGAGAGUAGGUCAACUAGGGCCAUACUAGAUGAUAUGUUAAAUAUGGGGAUGCCUUUAGUGGCAUAAAAUGAUUUAAAUUAGCACUUUUAAAACACUUUGUUUUCUCCCAAAGAAUCCUGGGAACUGUAGUUUACCCCUCACAGAGCUACCAUUCCCAGCACCCUUAACAAACUACAGUUCCCAGGAUGCUUUUGGGGGAAGGUCAUGUGCUUUAAAUGCAUGGUGUGCAUGCAUCCCUAGAUGGGACCAUAGCAUGUGAGGCUGUUAACCCAUUUCCCCCCAUACAGGAGGAGCUCCUGUUUCUCAUCUACUGUAGGGGAGGAGUAGCUUUGACAACUUUCAUCAGGGCCAGAACCUGGGUUGUCAUGCCACUGUAUGUCACAGUCCUAAUCCUGAUUCCUUCUCUCUCUCUCUCCCCCUCCUGCCCCAAUCCCAAUUCAUUCUCUCUCCCCUCACUCCCCAACUGUAGUUUUUAAGGCCACAUUCACACCAUACAGUUAUUCCACUUUAAACAGUCAUGACUACCCCCAAAGAAUCCUGGGAAGUGUAGUCUGUGAAGGAUGCUGAUUGUUAGAAGACCCCUGUUCUCCUCAUAGAGCUACAAUUCUGAGUUCUCUUGGAAGAGGGACUGACAAACUACUAGGAGAAUUGUUGCUCUGUGAGGAAAAUAGGAGUCUCUUAAUAACUCUCAGCACCCUUCACAAACUACACUUCCUAAGAUCCUUUGGGGGAAGUCGUGACUGUUUAAAGUGGAAUAAUAGUGGAAUAAAUGUAUGAUGUGAAUGGGCCAAAAAGAAAUGGUAAAAGAGAUGGAGAAUCUGUGGCCCUCAACUCCCAUCAGCCCCAGCUAACACAGCAAAUGUUCAGAGACAAUUAGAGUGAGGCCACAUUCACACCAUAAUUCCCCCCCCCCAGUCUUAUUCUACUUUAAACAAUCAUGGCUUCCCCCAAAGGAUCCUGGGAAGUGUAGUUCGUGAAGGCUGCUGAGAGUUGUUAGGAGACCCUUAUUCUUCUCAGAGAGCUACAAUUUCCCGAGUGGUUUAACAGUCAAUCCUUCUUCCCAGAAAACUCUAGGAAUAAUAAUAAUAGUGGAAUAACUAUAAGGUGUGAAUGUGAUCUUGGGAGUCAAGCAACAUCUGGAGGGCCACAAGAUCCUCAAACCUGAUUUUUAAUUGCAUUUUUACUGUUUCUUUUAUUCUUAUAUAGUAUUUUAUUGUAUUACCGUUUGAAUUCUAUGCAAUGCAAAUUGUAAUAAAAUACAAUAAAAGAAAUAAAAGAAACAAUAAAAAUAAAAAUAGCACAGUACAUUACCAUUGCUACAAAAGGCAGAAGAACUGUUCAGUGGUGCACCCAGAGCUUGGAAAAGUUACUUUUUUUGAACUACAACUCCCAUCA